AGCUCGCAUCGGGUGGGAUGAAGGUGAUGUUCUGGUAGGAACCCCCCCCCCCCCCCCCCGACCCCCCUCACCGCUCACACCCCCUUACCCCCGGCUGAUGUGGCGUCGCUGGAGGAGCCCGAACACCACCAUGGAGCUGCUGUUCGUGGUGACACUCUUAUGGAGCGAGGCGCUUUGCGGAUCUCCGAGCGUCCAGAUCGGUGGGUUGUUCCCCAGGGGCGCAGACCAGGAGUACAGUGCAUUCAGAGUCGGCAUGGUUCAGUUUGGGAUGACAGAUUUCCGACUGACUCCACACAUUGAUAACUUGGAGGUGGCCAACAGCUUUGCUGUCACUAACUGCUUUUGUUCCCAGUUCUCUCGAGGCGUCUACGCCAUCUUUGGCUUCUACGACAAGAAGUCAGUAAACACCAUCACAUCCUUCUGUGAGACAUUACAUGUCUCCUUCAUCACGCCUUCUUUCCCAGCUGAAGGAAUGAAUCAGUUUGUUCUCCAGAUGAGGCCAGACAUCAAGGGGCCGCUGGUUUCACUAGUUGAGUACUACAAAUGGGAAAAGUUUGCCUAUCUUUACGACAGUGAUCGAGGUCUUUCUACUCUGCAGGUAAUACUGGACACCGCAGCAGAGAAAAAAUGGGUUGUCACUGCAAUCAAUGUAGGAAACCUCAAAGAUGAGAGGAAGGAUGAAGCCUACCGCUCGCUGUUUCAGGACCUGGAGAUCCGUAAAGAGAGACGCAUAAUCCUGGACUGUGAACAAGACAAAGUCAGAGACAUCAUGGAGCAGGUGAUCACUAUAGGCCGACAUGUGAAGGGAUACCACUAUAUCAUCGCUAACUUGGGUUUCGUAGAUGGCGACCUCUCUAAAAUCCAGUAUGGAGGUGCAAACGUGUCUGGGUUCCAGAUAGUAGAUUUUGAUGAUCCCGCGGUGGCAAAGUUUGACCAGCGUUGGGAGGCCCUCGAAGAGAAGGAGUAUCCUGGAGCUGAUAUACGGAUCAGAUAUACCUCGGCUCUCACUUAUGAUGCUGUCCACGUGAUGACGGAGGCGUUCCGCUUCCUUCACAAGCAAAGUAUAGACAUGAGUCGCCGUGGCAACAGUGGAGACUGUCUAGCCAAUCCAGCGGUUCCCUGGGCACAGGGGGUGGAGAUUGAACGUGCCCUCAAACAGGUGCGUGUGGAUGGUUUGACAGGGAACAUUCAGUUUGACCAGUACGGGAAGAGAAUCAACUACUCAGUGACCGUCAUGGAGCUGAAGAACAGUGGACCUGUUAAGAUUGGCUAUUGGAAUGAGGUAGAUAAGAUGGUGGUGACAAAGUCGGACCUUUACCCCAACGACACCAUGGGAAUGGAAAACAAGACUGUCAUUGUCUCAACUAUACUGGAAGCCCCCUAUGUAAUGCUGAAGAAGAACUCUGAGCAGUUUCAAGACAAUGAGCGCUAUGAAGGUUACUGCGUUGACCUGGCUGCUGAGAUUGCGAAGCACUGUGGAAUCCGCUACCAGUUGAGAAUUGUGGGAGAUGGCAAAUACGGAGCAAGAGAUGCAGAAACCAAGAUCUGGAAUGGUAUGGUUGGAGAGCUGGUGUAUGGGAAAGCAGAUAUAGCCGUUGCCCCUCUGACGAUCACGCUCGUUCGUGAAGAGGUGAUCGAUUUCUCCAAACCCUUCAUGUCUUUGGGAAUCUCCAUCAUGAUCAAGAAGCCGCAGAAAUCUAAACCAGGAGUCUUCUCCUUUCUGGACCCACUGGCCUAUGAGAUCUGGAUGUGCAUUGUCUUUGCCUAUAUUGGAGUUAGUGUUGUACUCUUUCUGGUAUCCAGAUUCAGCCCCUAUGAGUGGACGCUAGAGGAACCAGAGGAUGGCGCGAUGCCGCUGACCACUGAAUCCACCAAUGAGUUUGGGAUCUUUAACUCCCUUUGGUUCUCUUUGGGUGCUUUCAUGCGGCAGGGUUGCGAUAUUUCACCAAGAUCCCUGUCAGGUCGUAUAGUGGGGGGUGUGUGGUGGUUUUUCACCCUGAUCAUCAUCUCCUCCUACACUGCCAACUUGGCGGCCUUCCUGACGGUGGAGAGGAUGGUGUCUCCCAUCGAGAGCGCGGAAGACCUGGCGAAACAGUCAGAGAUUUGUUAUGGAACGCUGGACUCUGGAUCCACCAAAGAGUUCUUCAGGCGGUCCAAAAUUGCCUUGUUUGACAAAAUGUGGCAGUACAUGAAAUCAGCAGAGCCCUCUGUCUUCGUUAAGAAAACGUCAGAGGGCGUCCUGCGCGUCAGAAAAUCCAAAGGGAAGUACGCCUACCUGCUGGAAUCCACCAUGAACGAGUACAUCGAGCAGCGGAAACCUUGCGACACCAUGAAAGUGGGAGGAAACCUCGACUCCAAAGGCUACGGCAUCGCCACGCCAAAAGGAUCCCCAUUAAGAGUUCCAAUAAACCUUGCCGUAUUGAAACUGAAUGAGCAAGGGACCCUAGACAAGAUGAAAAACAAGUGGUGGUACGAUAAAGGAGAGUGUGGCUUCAAGGACUCCACCAAUAAGGAGAAGACCAGCGCCCUGUCCCUCAGUAACGUAGCAGGAGUCUUCUACAUCCUGGUCGGAGGUCUGGGUCUGGCCAUGAUGGUAGCGCUGGUAGAGUUUUGCUACAAGAGCCGUGCAGAGGCCAAAAAAAUGAAGGUGGCAGCCAACACCUUGUCGUCCCCCCAGCACACAGGAAACUACACACACACUUUGUCCUCUCCUCAACAUGCCCCCAACUUCAACGUGCUGUCACCCAGCCACCAGCCAAACUACGCCACCUAUAAGGAGGGCUACAACGUUUACGGCAUUGAGAGUGUCAAGAUCUAACACGGAUGAAAUUCACAGAUGCAAUGCGCUCCAAAGCUCGUCUAUCCAUCACAGGAUCGACUAGUGAGAAUGGUCGUGUCCCGGUGGCUUACCUCCGUCCAGGAUUACCCAUGAGCCUCAGCAUGACUGAUAUGUCCUGACCACACCCGAGCCAGUGCCUUACAGCCAAUCAACACACAUCCUCCCUUCCCCUCUGAAAGUGAGUGGAAAUGAUUGUCAUCUCCUUCAGGUGACCACUAACCACUCAACAUUGGUGAUCCGCCCUGAUUCUCAAUCCGGAGUUUAGCCAAUCAUUUCUCUUUGAGGACUCCUGAUCUGCUAUUUAACAUCUGGCCGAAAAAGACUGGACAGAUGUUGUCCUCCCACCGCUUGGCUGUCAGGCUUUAGCAAAGACCUGCCCACCAACGAAGCGAAAUCACUCGACCGUCAACGAGAAAGAUGGUUGGUCAUAUACAAAUUCCUGAAAAACAAUCAAGCACAGUGGACAAUUUUCUAAACAAACACACAUCAUUGUUCCGUAGAUGUUCGCCAUGGAGGCUAUAGAAACUAAGGACAACAGUGAUGCUGACGUUAACGCAAUAACAACAUUAAUCAGGGAUGUGAUCAGGCAUUGUGGGUCUAAAACUAGAAUCUUGUUUAAAUGAGUUCAAGUGCAAUGAAAAAAACCUGACGUCCUGAAAAAUUGCAUCCAUGACAAAAUAGUAAUUGUAAUAGCAAAUAAUGAUAAUGAUGUUAUUGAUCUUAAUUGUUUGUUUUUUUCUGCCUGAAUAUCCCUAAUUAGUAGAGACCCAGGAGAUGCAUGGACUGACACACACACACACACACACACAUACAUAUAAAUACACACACAAAACCCCCAGAAUGAAUCUAUACACUAUAUACAGGGAUGGGCCAAAUCUGGUAGCUUUCACAUUUUAAGCCCGUUUUUGAAGGAUGUUAGCAUUUCUGACGGUUACACCGACCUGUAGCACCAAAGAGCAUCAAACAAAAGCAACAUUUAGACUGCUGCAAGGACACUGGUAAGGAUGACAAAUCGAUUAAAGGAUUAAAAGUAAAAAUAAUAUAUUUCAAAUAUAUCCAUACAAAAAUAUACUACCGCAUUUGAUAAAUUAGCAUUUAGUUAGUGGUGAUACUUUGCAUUUAGCAGUACUCCAUUAAAACAUUUUAUAGUGUCUUUAACCACUUUUACUAACCUGUUCAUGCAUAAUAGCUUAACAUAAAAAAAAUGAUUGUUUUGGCCUUGCGAAACACACAACCCAUAUUUUAAAAUGGCAUUGUAGCCAUUAAACUUCAUGUAAAAUUACUGUUAUACUACUUUGGUACUACCGAAUAUUAGCAACAGAAUUAUAUUUAUUUGCAUUUUUUAUCAUAUAAAUAUUUUAUUGAGACGGGUCAGCCAUCAGACAGGUGAUUGACGGGGACGUAGCAAAAUCUAAACCUGGUCAAAUAUGAUAGAAACGCACCACUUUAAUUAAUGCCAGUGUUUAAUUACGGUGUAAUUUGUUUGAGCCACAUGCCAGCUGUAACAGGUUCCAGUUCUGUUUCAGACCAUUGCUUCAGGUGAAGCUUCAGGCCAGGUGCAGGUUGUUUUAAAAAUAUUCAUAAUUUACUUAGAGAGCUUUUUCUCUGACUGCAUCAUUCCUCUUUGUCUGCAUGUGACGUGUUGCAAGUAGAUACACAAAGAGACAAAUUUGCAUUGUCUUAAGCGAGCUAACGUUAAAGGCACAGUGCCCUUGUGGUGUGUUCGGUUUGUCCCCUCUGUGGGCAGAAAGAUCUUUGAAAAACUAAUUCUCAUCCUAUUUUAAAUUUAGCAUAAAGAAAUCCAGACCAUUGAGUCCCAGUUAGCUUGAUUAAAACUUCAACCGUAUGUGGAGAUCCUCUGUUCUUAUUAAACAGCAAGAGGAUGGGAAAGAAGGUGAAUUAAUACCAGUUUCUAAGUGAGAAAUCGACACAAAGUCUACCCUAACAGCGCCCAAACAAGCCACUGUGAUCUCUCUGAUCAAGAUAACGCCACUCUGACAUCAGGAGGGUCAGUUUCUAUAUAUGUAUGUUCAUAUAAAUAUAAUACUUUAAAUACCGGUCAGACAUGUUGCCCAUCCCUGUCUGUAGGUCAGUACACCCAUACAGACAAAAAGACACACCCUCAAUCAGAUAUACAUAUCACUACACACUUAUAUACAGUCAGAGCCACACAUUUUGCUUGUGCACAGGCGGCACAUCGUAUUGUCAAAUGAGUUCUGAUGCCAACUGGAUGAAGUGCCAAACAUACUGAGAACCAAUCAGAGCUUUCCAUGCUCAGCCAAUGGCAGCUGCUGAUACUGAAACCUGAGCCAGUAGGAGCUCUCACUGCUGUGAGGUGGACAAGAAACUGUGAAAAAAGACCUUUCUACUAAUUAAUAUACUGCACUGAUGAUGGCAACGGAGAUGAAGAGGACGAUGAGAACUUUUGCAUGUCACUUUGGGUUUUUUCUUUCAGAUAAACUUGUCAGCCUGAAGCUUUGUCCCUGGCUGCAUUUUAGUGUUUAAUAAUGAUAGUAAUAAGAAUAAUAUUAACAAUAUUAAUUGCAGUAUUAAUGUGGUUCUUGUUAUGUAUAGUGUAUGUUUUUAAGAACUCAAAUCUGCUACUUUCUUUCACCAGGGAGCUGUUAUUUGUGCUGUUAGUUAGAAGCAAGCCGGUAGCUGAAAAGCUUCUCACGCAACAUGAUUAAAUGCCCAAGACGUGAUCAACGUCUGGUUUAAGUUGAGCAGAAAAUGUCAAGGGAUCUACUUCCUUUUCUUCUAAUGGUCUCGUAUCAUUUUUUCAAUGACCACAUGUUGUAAUUAUCAGAGGUAUUUUGAUGUUGUUAUAAUGUGACAUGGAGUUGCCACGGGAUUGCCCCCAAACAUGACAAGCACUGGGAGGAAUGUGGACAUGAUCACCUUCACUUACAGCUUUGCUUCUGGUAUAAUUUCAGUUUCAUUUUCUAUUAAACUCAUCACUUUCGAACAACAUAUUUUUAGUUGCCUUUCAACAGAGCAAAUUAUGUAUUGGAUUACUGGACCCCCCAAAAAGUGUGUUUUUUUUUUUUUUCACAAAUAUUAACACAUAGCUUCUGUGCGAUAUGACCUUUUUCAUUAUAUAUUAAACAUGCCUGGGUUGUGAAUUUGACGGAGGAGAGCAUUGUUCAUUCUAUAUUUCCUUGCCACUUGCAUAUCCUAAAAUCCACUGAGAGGUUUUUGUGCCUAAACUUAACCAAACCUGUUACCAGUCUCGCACCGAAUGCACAAGUGCAAAAGGUUUGGGAGAGGCAGUGCAUAGAAGGGCGCCAUAGACUUACCAUGCAGUCAACCUGGAGGCUACCGCCCCCACCCCUUAAAUCAGAAUGUUAACCUGGCAAUCUGGCAACCUUCUGCAAUGUUCCAGAUUUUAUACCUAGAAAUUACACCAUAACCGCUCGAAUCAGAUUACAGUAACGAAACGUUGAAGGAAGCCUGAGACGCACUGAACUUUUCAUCCUUUCUUGUCUACUGUAAAAUAUUUGCUGACAGUUUCCAGUCACAGCCAGAGUCCCCAUUGGAUGCACUCUGUGGAGGUUAGUCUUUAGGGUGGCAGCUCUCUUUGGAUGAACUAGUGUACAGGUCUGUGGUGCAUCUGACUAUUAUGUAGGAGACUGUCAUUCACAUCCUCAUGAGGACCAUCAAUUAAAGCUCCACUGUGGAGUUUUUGUAAACUAAUAAAGGUUCUGAUAUUC